AUGUGUUCGCAGUACUUCUACAAAUACGACUGCGGGUGCACCCACCCGGAGGGCGACGUUGUCUACUGUGCCAAACGAGGUACUUCCUGCACCGGGGUGCGACAGCAGGUCCGCCGGCGAGAGGGAUACAACUGCCCGUUGCAUGGUGUCCCCAGCACCAGCCGAUCUGAUCCGGUUGAGCACUACCUUCUUGUUGUUUUGUUCUUUCGCCGUGGUGCUCGCGUGCGGAGAUGGAUCGACUUCGACGUUGAGCGUUCUGUUGGGGGUUUCCGCUUGUUCGCACUGAAUCUCGGCCGCCUCGAUCCUUCCGAGCUGAUCUAG